UUUGGCCCCAGGGACUCGCCGUCGUCCGGCUGAGGUGUUCGCCGGUUGAGACCAUGGCGGCUGGCACGCCGGACUCGCAGGCACGAUUUGGUCAGUCUGUGAAGGGGCUUCUCACGGAGAAGGUGAACACCUGCGGGACCGACGUGAUCGCCCUCACCAAGCAGGUGCUGAAAGGCUCCCGGAGCUCCGAGCUGCUGGGCCAGGCAGCUCGAAACAUGGUCCUACAGGAGGAUGCCAUCUUGCACUCAGAAGAUAGUUUAAGGAAAAUGGCAAUAAUAACGACACAUCUUCAGUACCAGCAAGAAGCUAUUCAGAAGAAUGUUGAACAGUCACCUGACCUACAGGACCAGUUGAGUCAUUUAUUGAAGUAGCAUGUCAUAUGUCAUAACAGUAAUUGACUUCUUUGCCUGCUGCUGACGGGCAUCCAUUUUACACAGCCAUCACGAUGGGCUUGGUUUCCAUUUUCAUCUCCAAAAGUUCAUGUGGAAAAGACUUGUGAAAAGAAGCCAGGUGAUUGAACUUGGAAUCACUAUUUUGUUUUUUGGGUUUUUUUUGGUUUUUUUUUUUUUUUUUUUGAGACAAGGUUUUUCUGUGUAACCCUGCCUGUCCUGGAACACAUUCUGUAGACCAGACUUGACCCUAACUAACUCAGAGAUCUGUCUGCCCCUGACUCCUGAGUAUGGAGACGAAAGGCGUGCACCAUCACUGUUUGUCCUUGGAAUUGCUUCUUAAAUUGAAUUGACCCAUGUUCUUAUCAGAUAUUUAAGUUGUAUUUAAUUUCAUAUUAAAAUCAAUAAGUUCAAUCAUUAGCACUGAAAAUAAAAGACAC